AUGUAUUUAGCUAUAAUUACUUUACCUUUAUUAGGAUCAAUAGUUUCCGGUUUUUUUGGUAGAAAAGUCGGUGUUAGCGGAGCCCAAUUAAUUACAUGUACAAGUGUAAUUGUAACAACUUUAUUAGCAAUAGUUGCUUUUUUUGAAGUAGUUUCAAUGUUGAUACCUGUUUUAAUAGUUAGUUCUUUAGUGCACGUAUAUUCUAUAGGAUAUAUGUCCGCAGAUCCUCACAAUCAGCGGUUUUUUAGUUAUUUAAGUUUAUUCACCUUUAUGAUGAUUAUACUUGUUACAGCUAAUAAUUUCUUAUUGAUGUUUGUUGGAUGGGAAGGUGUCGGAGUUUGUUCAAUAGCAGCAAAUCAAAGUUCUAUGUCUGCUUUUUUAACUAACAGAGUGGGUGAUUGUUUUUUAACUAUAGAUUAUGCUACAGUAUUCUCAUUAGCACCUUUUGUUAACGAAAAUAUUGUUACAAUUAUAGGUAUAUGUUUAUUAAUAGGUGCUAUGGCUAAAAGUUCUCAAGUUGGGUUACAUGUUUGA